AUGGCGCCUGCGGAGACUGGGGGCAAGCAUGCUGGCAGGCCGCAGAAGAAACUGAAAGGUCUUCAACGGCUGCGAUGGUGGUGCGAGGUUUGCCAGAAACAGACGCGCGACGAGAACGGCUUCAAGCAACAUACGCUCAGCGAGAGCCAUGUACGUGCGAUGCAGAUAGUGGCGGAAAACCCAAAGAAGUUUAUUGAAGGGUACAGCAAGGAAUUCCAGCAUGAUUUUCUCCAGUUGCUUCGGACGUCACAUGGUGAAAAGGCCAUCCACCUCAACCGCUUUUACCAGGAGUACAUUUCCGACAAGACACACGUUCACCUCAACAGUACAAAGUGGCCAAGCUUGACGGAGUUUGCAAAAUAUCUUGCGAGGGAAGGCAUCUGUCGAGUGGAGGAGAAGGACGACGGAAUCUUCGUGCAGUGGAUCGACAACAGCCCUGAAGCUAUUCGACGACGAGAUAUCGUGCAGAGGGCAAACCGCCUGGAGGAACAGGAAGUCUCAGAGCAAAAGGAGAUCCUCAAGCAGGUCGAAAGGGCCCGUCAGAACACGGCCCUUUCCGCCGAGCCUGAGAAGCCCGCAGAGCUAGCCAAGGAGAAGUGGACGGACUUUAGCCUCAAUUUGAAAUCGUCCGGCAAUGCACCAAAGCCCUCCGAUCAGACGGUGAAGAAGCAGCAAGACCCAACGCAGAAUCCAGCUGACAAACCGGCCAAAAAGCCCAACGUCUUCGGCAUGAAGCGGAAACAGCCCUCUGGAACCAAAACGGCCCCCGAGGCGCCCAAGAAGAUGACACAGAUCGAGAGGAUUAUGAAGGAAGACAUGGAACGGAAAAAACGGCGACUAGUGAAGCAGGGGGUUGAAAACAGUGAUUACUCAAACCCCAGCCAUUAA